GCCAGUGCUAUCGUUGGUGGUUGAGUUUUCUGAACGUCCAAUCUGAUUCGUGUAUAAUCGAUAAAUCGGCGUAUGCGGGCAUUCGCAUUAGUUGGUAAUGGUGUAUACCGGUGUAAUUGCUUCUAGAUUCGGCCUAGCUGUUUGCGGUAGUGCUGUGCAUUCUAUUAAAGUAAAUUCGUUUAAUUUUAUUCGUCAAGCUUCAAAAAUGGCAUCGCUACCGAGAGUAUUUUUCGAUAUGACUGCGGAUGACCAGCCAGUUGGAAGAAUUGUCGUCGAAUUACGCAGCGAUGUUGUACCGAAAACUGCCGAGAACUUCCGCGCUUUGUGUACCGGUGAAAAAGGUUUCGGAUACAGAGGCAGUACUUUCCACAGGGUAAUUCCGAAUUUCAUGUGCCAAGGUGGUGACUUUACCAAUCACAAUGGCACUGGCGGUAAAUCGAUCUACGGUAACAAAUUCGAAGACGAAAACUUCACCUUGAAACACACCGGACCUGGUGUCUUAUCAAUGGCCAACGCCGGACCCAACACCAACGGUAGCCAGUUUUUCAUUACAACUGUAAAAACGACAUGGUUAGAUGGCAAACACGUCGUAUUCGGUACCGUCAUCGAAGGUAUGGAUGUUGUGAAGAAAUUAGAAUCGUACGGUAGUCAGAGCGGCAAAACGACCAAGAAAGUCGUCGUGCAAAACAGCGGCCAAUUGUAAUAGAAACACGCUAUAUUCCAUACUAAAAAAAAAAAAUCCAGCUAUAUUUUUUGCGAUAUUUUUCCAUCGCUGCAUCGAUUUCCAAUCAGUAUUUCUCAUGCGCAAGGUAUAGCAUUUCGUGAAUAUUUUUUACAGCUUAAUAAACUAUGUUUCGUCCGAGUUGCAUGUGCGACACAAUUACUUGGAACAAAUUUUAUCUUAUUUCUGGGUGUAAUUCGUUCGAAGGGCACGCCGUAUCGUAAUUACCUCUUUUCUAUUCUGUAUUUUAUUAUUUGAAUCGCGAAUUAUUAUUGUAAUCGUUAUUUUUUCUAGUAAAAAUAGGUGAUUAGAUCCAUGUUUAGAAUAUACUAUUAUACGAACACGUAAGACGGAGAUGAAACAUAAUUUAUUAAUAUGGUAACAAAAUCUGUAAUUACAAAAGAGUACAUAUUUGAAAUUUGUUUAAUUUUAAUGUAAUUAAAUAACAUUUUAAAAAUUGA